AUGGAGAAAUCUAAAAACUUCCGGAUCGACGCCCUGCUCGCCGAUGAGACAAACCGGGGGAGCAGCCGCGACCUGUCCCCGGGUCUGAGCAGCGACAGCCCCGCCGGCAGCCCGCUCUCCUGCCGCCGCGGCGACACCCCGUCCCCGCGGGCAUCGCACCUUCAGACCGGAAUAAUCCACAAACCGGGCAUCCUCAACCUCCCGCACCCAGGACUCGCCUCACUGCCACACGGGGCGAUUCCCGGCAUGUACCCAGCACCCAUGUACCCGUUAUCGGCGCUGGGUGGCCAGCACCCCGCGUUCGCUUACACCGGCUUCACACAUCUGACCCACAGCUACCCGGAGCACCUGAAGGCGGCGGCCAUGGCGGGGUCCCUGCCCCUGGAGCACUGGAUCCGCGCCGGGAUCAUGAUGCCACGACUUCCCGAUUACAGCACGGGCCCUCAGUCCGGUCUGCUGGGGAAGUGCCGGAGGCCCCGCACCGCCUUCACCAGUCAGCAGCUCCUGGAGCUGGAGAACCAGUUCAAACUCAACAAGUACCUGUCCAGACCCAAACGCUUUGAAGUGGCCACCUCCCUCAUGCUGACCGAGACACAGGUCAAGAUCUGGUUCCAGAAUCGCAGGAUGAAGUGGAAGCGCAGCAGGAAGGCGAAGGAGCAGGCCAGCGCCUCGGCCCAGUCUGACACCGAGCGACUACGCAGCGGAGGAAAAACAGCCAAAGACAAAACCGACGAGAGCAGGCGAGCUGUGACUCCUGAUGACGGGGGGAUAGAUCUUGACAUGGAGGAUGGAGAGGAGGAGGAAGAGGAUGAGGACGAGGAGGAGGAGGAAGAGGAGGUGGAAGGCAAGAACGGUUUUCCUGUAGCUAUGGGCAAUGGCAUUGGGAUGCCACGAUCCACAGACUUCGGAUACAAUCCCCACAGCCCCUUCUCUGAUGAGGAGCUGGAGGGGGUGCAGGGAGGAGGAGGAGGAGGAGGUGACAGAAAGAUUGGAGCAGGACUGUGAAACCAGAAAACACUGGUUUGGUCUCCUGAGCGUUACAGACUGGGAUUCUAGAGGAGACACAUUUCCAGACCUGAAGACUUUGUCUCGUCUGCUCUGUGAAUGUUGACGUGUUUCCAAUCGGGACGUUUGCUGGAACC